CAGACGGAGUGGGCGCUGCCGCCUGAGACCGCGGCCUGAAGAGAGCUGAGACGCGCCCCAGGAGCGCAGUUAGGAGUAUUGAACACUAAGUAAUGGCUAUGCAGAUGCAGCUUGAAGCAAAUGCAGAUACUUCAGUGGAAGAAGAGAGCUUUGGCCCACAACCUAUUUCUCGAUUAGAGCAAUGUGGCAUACAUACCAAUGAUGUGAAGAAAUUGGAAGAAGCUGGAUUCCAUACUGUGGAGGCUGUUGCCUAUGCACCAAAGAAGGAGCUAAUAAAUAUUAAGGGGAUUAGUGAAGCCAAAGCUGAUAAAAUUCUGACUGAGGCAGCUAAAUUAGUUCCAAUGGGUUUCACCACUGCAACUGAGUUCCACCAAAGGCGGUCUGAGAUCAUACAGAUCACUACCGGCUCCAAAGAGCUUGACAAACUACUUCAAGGAGGAAUUGAGACUGGAUCCAUCACAGAGAUGUUUGGAGAAUUCCGAACUGGGAAGACCCAGAUCUGUCAUACGUUGGCUGUAACAUGCCAGCUUCCCAUUGACCGAGGUGGAGGUGAAGGAAAGGCCAUGUACAUUGACACCGAGGGUACCUUUAGGCCAGAACGGCUGCUAGCAGUGGCUGAGAGAUAUGGCCUCUCUGGCAGUGACGUCCUGGAUAAUGUAGCAUAUGCUCGAGGGUUCAACACAGACCACCAGACCCAGCUCCUUUAUCAAGCGUCAGCCAUGAUGGUAGAGUCCAGGUAUGCACUGCUAAUUGUAGACAGUGCCACCGCCCUCUACAGAACAGACUAUUCGGGUCGAGGUGAGCUUUCCGCCAGGCAGAUGCACUUGGCCAGGUUUCUGCGGAUGCUUCUGCGACUUGCUGAUGAGUUUGGUGUAGCAGUGGUAAUCACCAACCAGGUGGUAGCCCAAGUGGAUGGAGCAGCCAUGUUUGCUGCAGAUCCUAAAAAACCUAUUGGAGGAAAUAUCAUUGCUCAUGCCUCAACAACAAGACUGUACCUGAGAAAAGGAAGAGGGGAAACCAGAAUCUGCAAAAUCUAUGACUCUCCUUGUCUUCCUGAAGCUGAAGCUAUGUUUGCCAUCAAUGCGGAUGGAGUAGGAGAUGCCAAGGACUGAAUCGUUGGGUUUUUUCCUGUGAUAAACCUUAAGUGCUGCAGCCUAAUGGAGAGGACUGCUCCCUGAGGUUCUUCACAGGCCUCUUCCUGUUGUGACUGCCAGGAAAAGGCUUCCAGGAAAACAGCUAUUAUAUCGGCUUUUCUUACGGUGUAAACACGAGACAGGUCAGUAGUCACAAGCUGAUCUGAAAUGUUUAUUCCUUCUAGUAUAUUAAUCUCUAUGUGAAUUCUUUGGUUUGGGGGUGUAGGUAUGAAGUACCUUUGACAUCAUAGUGCCUUGGGGUUGACUCAGGACUAACGGCUAUUGGCCAAUCUUAUGUCUCUAAGAGAACUAAAACUGGAGAGACCUGGCUUCUCUCACUGUCUGAAUAAUGUUGGGGAAAAAUAUGCCUGAGCUAUGUGGCAAAGGGAGUGGGUCUCCUCACAGGUUUUUUUUUUUCUCUGCCAGUAAAACUCUUAAAUCAGAAGCAGGUAAAGUUUGUGUGUCUGAAUUAGCUUAUAUAAGAAUGUUUUUUUAAAUAAGGGUUAUUGAAUAGGCCUGCUGGGCUACCAGCCCUUCACCAUCUACUCUUUUUUAAUGCUAAGAGCAAUUCAAGAUAGUUCCGGAAUCUUAAACAUUUCGGAAGCUCUUCAAGUAAGUAGAUUCAAUGUGGGACUGCUAAUAAAGUAGUUAUUUGUAGUGAAUGUGCUGCUUGUAGGAGUUAUUCUGGUACAAGCUGAAUAUUUCAGGAUAGGGCCUUCAUAAUAUAGUUUUGGCUCUG